UCUCAAUUCACAAAAAAUAAAAAAAUUUAAAUUGUAUAUAUUUUUUUAAAAAAAUGUCUACCUUUUCUACUCGAAACAAAAAGAAAGCAAAUGCACCAUCUUCUUUUGAAAAUCAAUUGGCUCUUUUGCAAGAUAGUGAGAGCGCCAAUGCUGAAAAAGCUCACCAAGUUUGGACACGUCCAAGUGUGCCAAAUAUCGACCCUAAUCGUGACUCUAUAAUAUUUCAGCAAAUUGAAAUCGACGAUACCAUCGAUCCCGAAUCAAGAGAACCAAUAAUCCGAAUGUUCGGAAUUACGGAGAUUGGAAAUAGCGUUCUUUGUUAUGUCACGGGAUUUCGUCCAUAUUUUUAUAUUCCAGCACCAAUUGGUUUCAAAGAAAAUGAUUUAUCUAAUUUACAAAAACAGAUCACGCGCGCUAUUCAACCGGAAAAUAGUUUAAAGAAGCCAAUCGAAAGAAUUGAACUUACUUUUAAAGAGAGUAUAUGGGGUUAUCAUGGAAAUAAAAAGAGCCAGUUCCUCAAAAUUAUUUUUAGUGAAGUGAGAGCUAUGAAUGUUGCUAGACGCCUCAUUGAGGAUGGAGCUAUUAAAUAUAACGAACGGCAACUUCGAGAAAUGACAUUUGAAAGCAAUAUCAGUUAUGUCUUACGAUUCAUGAUUGAUUGCAAGGUUACUGGAGCAAAUUGGAUAGAACUACCACCAAAAAAUUAUAAUUUGCGUACUAAUUCGCUCGAGACAUCUACUUGUCAACUGGAAAUUGAUAUAAAAUACGACCGAUUUAUUAGUCAUCCUCCUGAAGGCGAAUGGUCAAAAGUAGCUCCAUUGCGUAUUCUAAGUUUUGACAUUGAAUGCGCAGGUCGCAAGGGCAUUUUUCCUGAUCCCACAGAGGACCCAGUUAUUCAAAUAGCCAAUAUGGUUACGAGACAAGGUGAAAAACAUCCUUUUAUCAGAAAUGUCUUUACCUUAAAUUCUUGUGCUCCAAUUGUUGCAACUGAUGUCAUCGAAUGUUAUGAUCAAGGGAAGAUGUUGCAAGCAUGGAGAGAUUUUGUAAUCGAGGUAGACCCUGAUGUUAUCAUAGGAUAUAAUACCACAAAUUUUGAUUUUCCAUAUUUACUUGAUCGCGCCCAGCAUUUGAAUGUAAAGAAAUUUCCAUAUCUUGGUCGUAUGAAAGGUAUAAAAACAGAGGCUAAAGACACUAAAUUUUCUUCAAAAGCGUAUGGAACACGGGAAAACAAAUUUAUCAAUCUUGAAGGAAGACUUCAGCUUGAUAUGUUACAGGUUAUGCAGCGUGAUCAUAAGUUAAGAUCUUAUACACUUAAUUCUGUAUGUGCUCAUUUUCUAGGGGAACAAAAAGAGGAAGUACAUCAUUCUAUUAUCACUGAUUUACAAAAUGGAAAUGAUGAAUCACGACGAAGGUUAGCGAUUUAUUGUUUGAAGGAUGCAAUCUUGCCACAGAGACUAAUGGACAAACUCAUGUGCAUUAUCAAUUAUCUUGAAAUGGCUCGUGUUACGGGAGUUCCGUUCAAUUAUCUUCUUUCUCGUGGACAACAAAUUAAAGUAAUAUCACAAUUAUACAGAAAAGCAUUUGAGCAAAACUUAGUUAUACCGGCUUUAAAAUCAGAGGGGUCCGAUGAUCAAUUUGAAGGAGCAACCGUUAUUGAACCAGAAAGGGGAUUUUAUAAUGUUCCAAUAGCUACACUUGAUUUUAGCUCUUUAUAUCCUUCUAUCAUGAUUGCUCAUAACCUUUGUUAUACAACAUUAUUGGAUAUCAAAGAUAUUGAUAAAUUAGGUGAUGUUGAUUAUAUUACAACACCAUAUAACAAUGCAAAGUUUGUGAAAGUCCAUCAUCGAAAGGGACUUUUACCUACAAUCUUGGAAGAUCUUCUCUCUGCACGCAAGAAAGCCAAGGCAGAUUUAAAAAAAGAGACAGAUCCUUUUAAAAAAGCUGUUCUUGAUGGACGUCAAUUAGCCCUUAAGAUUAGUGCAAAUUCUGUAUAUGGAUUUACUGGUGCUACAGUUGGUAAGCUUCCUUGUAUUGAAAUUUCAGCAAGUGUCACAGCUUAUGGACGCCAGAUGAUUGAAAAGACAAAACAGGAGGUGGAAAGUCAAUAUACCAUAGCCAAUGGAUAUCAACAUGAUGCUCAUAUUAUUUAUGGAGACACAGAUUCUGUUAUGGUAAAAUUUGGAGUGGAUAAUCUAGUUGAUGCCAUGGCUUUAGGGAGGGAAGCGGCAGACUAUGUUACAAGGAAAUUUGUUAAACCAAUUAAAUUAGAAUUUGAAAAGGUUUACUUUCCAUAUCUAUUAAUAAAUAAAAAGCGUUAUGCUGGUUUAUAUUGGACAAAUCCAGAUAAAUGGGAUAAAUUAGAUACUAAGGGUAUUGAGACUGUCAGGAGAGACAAUUGCCUUCUCGUACAAAAUGUAAUAGAAACAUGUUUGAGGAAAAUGUUGAUUGAUCGGGAUGUUUCUGGUGCCGAAGAAUACGCUAAGAAAACAAUUUCAGAUUUACUUCAAAAUAAAAUAGACAUGUCGCAAUUAGUUAUCACAAAAGCCUUAAGUAAAUCAGAUUAUUCGGCUAAACAGCCACAUCAUGAAUUGGCUGAACGUAUGCGUAAGCGUGAUGCAGGUUCCGCGCCAACACUUGGCGAUCGGGUCGCUUAUGUUAUAGUAAAAAGUACUAAAGGCGCCGCUGCCUACGAAAAAUCGGAAGAUCCGAUAUAUGUUCUAGAAAAUAAUAUUCCUAUUGACACUAACUAUUAUUUGGAGAAUCAAUUAUCUAAACCAUUAUUACGAAUUUUCGAACCAAUUCUUGGCGACAAAGCUCAGUCUUUACUUGCUGGUGAUCAUACUCGUGUCGUUCAAAUUGCAACACCAACAAUUGGCGGAUUGAUGAAAUUUGCUGUAAAGACAGCUACUUGUUUAGGAUGUAAAACUCCUCUAUCAAAAAAAGACACAGCAGUAUGUCGACAUUGUAAGCCGAAAUUGGGUGAAUUAUAUCAGCGACAGCUCGACACUGUAAACAAACUCGAAGUCCAUUUUGCUCGGUUAUGGACUCAAUGUCAAAGGUGUCAAGGCAGCUUACAUCAGGAUAUUCUCUGUAGUUCAAAGGAUUGUCCUAUAUGGUAUAUGAGGAAGAAGGCCCAAAAAGAUGUGCAAGAUGCAAAUAAUCUUCUUGAAAGGUUCAAUUAUGCGUGGUGAAAUUAGAAAAAACUUUAUACCAAACCGGGCCGUGGUUCCAGAUAAUAUGGAUAAUGUGGCUAAAUAUGUACAAUAUAAAAAUUGUAAUUAAAAUUGAUUAAUUUUGUUUGAAGGUUAAACAGAUUUAUAAUUUCGGAAAAGUCAACAACACGAUAAAAUUUAUCUUUGAAAUAUUACUGUUUAAGCUUAACACGUAAUAUAAAAAACUGACCUUUAUACCAAAUAUGAU